ACUAUCUGUCUUCUCUUCUCAUCCACUCCAGUGCUGGCCCUCAACCAACUAAGAGAAUAAUUAUUUAGCCAGAUGUCUUACCUGUUAUUCUGCCUUGUGCAGUGAAACUGUCAAUCAGGUCACCCUUUCUUCUCAAAGUGCUGUAGGAACCCUGGAGCCUACUGUCAUGACAGUGUCAUGGAUGGCCCAUAUGAAGACAGUAACCUAACGUAUGCAUGCGUAUUUGAUGAAGAUUUCAAGUAUAUUCUUCUGCCUGUGUGCUAUGGAAUUGUGUUCUGCAUUGGUUUCAUCCUGAAUGUGCUGGCCCUAUACAUCUUUAUAUUCCGUUUACGACCAUGGAAGACAGUCAACGUAUUUAUGUUCAAUCUUGCACUAUCAGACUUGCUUUAUGUCUUGUCUCUCCCAUUGCUCAUGCAUUAUUAUUCCAAAGCGAACAACUGGCCAUUUAGCGAGGUUCUCUGCAAACUAGUUCGAUUUCUUUUCUACACCAGUCUGUACUGCAGUAUUUUCUUCCUCCUUUGUAUCAGUAUUUACCGAUUUCUUGCGAUAUGUUACCCAAUUAGGUUUAUUCAAUGGGGCCAAAUUCGUUAUGCAAGAAUUGUUUCUGUGAUUAUCUGGGUCAUCAUAGUUGCAAUGCAGUCUCCAAUUUUGUAUUUUGUAACAACCAGCCAGUUGGAAGACAAUACCAUUUGUCACGAUACCUCAGACAUAGAACUGUUUGACCAAUUUGUCAUCUUCAGCACGGUGAACUUAUCUUUGCUUUUCUGUGUUCCCUUCGCCAUCAUUAUCAUUUGUUAUUGCUACAUGGUAUAUGUCCUCAUCAAGCCAAAAGAUAACAUAUCCCAAGCAGGUAAUGCUAAGAUGAAGUCUAUUAAAAUGAUCAUCAUUGUUAUCCUUGUAUUUACCACUUGCUUCUUGCCUUUCCAUGUGACCCGUACCCUGUACUAUUACUUCCGUAAAAUCAACCUUGAUUGCAAUAUCUUAAACGCCAUCAACGUGGCCUACAAAGUGACAAGACCUAUAGCUAGCCUGAAUAGUUGUAUUGAUCCAGUUUUAUACUUUUUAGUUUGGAGAUUUCGAUUACACAGAUGAACAAAUAAGGAGCAUAGAAAUUAACAUUUCAAUUCAUUGACUUUAAAAAGGUGAAACAUUUCAGAACAAAUGGCUUCAACGACCAUAAAUAUGAUUAUCAUGUUGACACUACUGUAUUUAGGAACGAGAAAAUAAUUCCGAUCUUUAGGACCACUCACUGCUGUCAGACAGAGUUGUUUGACAUCAAAUGGAGAACAAGAA